AUGGAAAAAUUUCUUUUUUAUCUGUUUUUCAUUGGCAUAGCAGUGAAAGCUCAGAUCUGUCCAAAGCGUUGUGUCUGUCAGAUUUUGUCUCCUAAUCUUGCAACCCUUUGUGCCAAGAAAGGGCUUUUGUUUGUGCCACCAAACAUUGACAGAAGAACUGUGGAACUGCGUUUGGCAGACAAUUUUGUUACAAAUAUUAAAAGGAAAGAUUUUGCCAAUAUGACCAGCUUGGUGGACCUGACUCUAUCCAGGAAUACAAUAAGUUUUAUUACACCUCAUGCUUUUGCUGACUUACGGAAUCUGAGGGCAUUGCAUUUGAAUAGCAACAGAUUGACUAAAAUUACAAAUGAUAUGUUCAGUGGGCUUUCCAAUCUCCAUCAUUUGAUACUGAACAACAAUCAGCUGACUUUAAUUUCUUCUACAGCAUUUGAUGAUGUCUUUGCCCUCGAGGAGCUGGAUCUGUCCUAUAAUAAUUUAGAAACAAUACCAUGGGAUGCUGUUGAGAAGAUGGUCAGCUUGCACACCCUCAGUUUGGAUCACAAUAUGAUUGAUAACAUUCCUAAGGGGACUUUCUCCCACUUGCACAAGAUGACUCGGCUAGAUGUAACAUCAAAUAAAUUGCAGAAGCUACCACCUGACCCUCUCUUUCAGCGAGCUCAGGUCCUAGCAACCUCAGGAAUCAUAAGCCCAUCUACUUUUGCAUUAAGUUUUGGUGGAAACCCUUUGCAUUGCAACUGUGAAUUGCUGUGGUUGAGGCGUCUGUCCAGAGAAGAUGACCUGGAGACCUGUGCUUCCCCAGCGCUUUUAACUGGCCGCUAUUUUUGGUCAAUUCCUGAGGAAGAGUUUUUGUGUGAGCCUCCUCUCAUUACUCGUCAUACACAUGAGAUGAGAGUCCUGGAGGGUCAGAGGGCAACCCUGAGGUGCAAAGCCAGGGGAGACCCCGAACCUGCAAUUCACUGGAUUUCUCCUGAAGGGAAGCUUAUUUCAAAUGCAACAAGAUCUCUGGUGUAUGAUAAUGGAACACUUGACAUUCUUAUAACAACUAUUAAGGAUACAGGUGCUUUUACCUGCAUUGCUUCCAAUCCUGCUGGGGAAGCAACACAAAUGGUGGAUCUUCAUAUAAUUAAGCUCCCUCACUUACUAAACAGUACGAACCAUAUCCAUGAGCCUGAUCCUGGUUCUUCAGAUAUCUCAACUUCUACUAAGUCAGGUUCUAAUGCAAGCAGUAGUAAUGGUGAUACUAAAAUCAGUCAAGAUAAAAUUGUGGUGGCAGAAGCAACAUCAUCUACGGCACUGCUUAAAUUUAAUUUUCAAAGAAAUAUCCCGGGAAUACGUAUGUUUCAGAUCCAGUACAAUGGUACUUAUGAUGACACCCUUGUUUACAGAAUGAUACCUCCUACGAGCAAAACUUUUCUUGUCAAUAACCUGGCUGCUGGAACUAUGUAUGACUUGUGUGUCUUGGCAAUAUACGAUGAUGGCAUUACUUCCCUCACAGCCACAAGAGUCGUGGGUUGCAUCCAGUUUACUACGGAAGAGGAUUAUGUGCGGUGCCAUUUCAUGCAGUCCCAGUUUUUGGGAGGCACCAUGAUUAUUAUUAUUGGUGGAAUCAUUGUAGCCUCUGUGCUGGUUUUCAUCAUCAUUCUAAUGAUCCGGUAUAAGGUUUGUAACAAUAAUGGGCAACACAAGGUCACCAAGGUCAGCAACGUCUGCUCUCAAACUAAUGGGGCUCAAAUACAAGGCUGCAGUGUGACGCUGCCCCAGUCCAUGUCCAAACAAGCUGUGGGACACGAAGAGAAUGCCCAGUAUUUUAAAGUUGCCAAUGACAAUGUGAUACAAUGUUCAGAAACUUGUUUAAGUCAGGACUCCUCUACCACUACCUCUGCUUUGCCUCCUACCUGGACUUCAAGCACUUCUGUGUCCCAAAAGCAGAAAAGAAAGACUGGCACGAAGCCAAGUACCGACCCACAGAGUGAAGCUGUCACAAAUGUUGAGUCCCAAAACACUAACAGAAAUAACUCAACUGCCUUGCAGUUAGCUAGUCGACCUCCUGAUUCUGGCACAGAGGGACCCACAUCUAAAAGAGCACAUUCAAAGCCAAAUGCUUUGCUGACUAAUGUUGACCAGACUGUCCAGGAAACACAGAGGCCGGAGUUAAUCUGAAGAGCACCACUUCUCUCUCUCCUGAAAAAACUUGCCACUGAUAUUUUUACCAGA